GCCAGAAAGGAGAAGCAGCUAUUUACUUAGUCACUUGCCAAUAUGAAAAGGGACCAGACGUUACAAGAGGAGGAUGUAGUUAAGGAUUAAAAGUCAACAACUUUGAAUUAAAGUUAUCAUAGUGCAGGGAGGAGAAAUUCUUUGCCAAGCUUAAGUGUGGUUUUUGUCAACAUACCAGCAGAGGUGCUGAAAAUAGCAGCUACAAGGUUAUCUUGGGAAAACAAAGGAAUUGAGCAAGUUCAAAGAAUGUGUGCCAGUUAGGAGUCCUGAAGACGAUGAAGCUUUUAUCUCUUAUCUCAGACCACUUGUUGCUCUGUGUCUUCCUGAGUCUACUUUGGGGUAAAACUGACUCCACUACAACAAUCACAGCAACAGUGACAGCAGGACAGCAAAGUACAGCUCAAAUAAAUCCCACUCCGCUGACUUCAACAGGACAAACUACAUCUACAACAACAAAAGCCCCGCCAGAUAAUGUGAACAGAGUGAAUGUGACCACACAAAAUGCGAGUAGUAUAUUUCUGACCUGGAACAAGGUUGACAACAUCCCAACAUACAUCCUGCAAUAUGGUGAUAUAACAGAAAAGAUUAAUAAAGCUGAAGAAGAACCCAUAGAACAUGUGGUCACUUCUCUGACUGCUGGGACAAACUACACAUUCACUCUCUUCACCGUGUCUGAUGGACUCAACAGCAGUGGAUACAGAUUCAGUGCUGUGACAGCUCCUCUUAACACCGAAGAAUUUAAGAAAAAUGGACAAGAUGAGACCAGCAUAACUCUGGGGUGGAAAACAGUCCCCAACAUUGACAAUUAUAUUCUUGUAUUUAAUGAAAGACAGAUCAACAUUAGUAAUUCUACAGAAGAAUACAGAGUGUCAGAUUUGACCAGUGGAACCAGAUACAGUUUCACUCUCUUCACUGUGUUUGGUAAUGUCAAAAGCAGUGGAGUAAACUGCAUCGCAGUCACUGCUCCUAAUAACAAUGAAGAAUUUAAGGCUGUUGAUCAAAAUGAGACCAGCAUAACUCUGAUGUGGAAAACAGUCCCCAACAUUGACAGUUAUCUGCUUGUGUUUAAUGGGAGAGAGAUCAACAUUAGUAAUUCUACAAAAGAAUACAGAGUGUCAGAUUUGACCAGUGGAACCAGAUACAGUUUCACUCUCUUCACUGUGUUUGGAAAUGUCAGCAGCAGUGGAGUAAACUGCAUCGCAGUCACUGCUCCUCGUAACACUGAAGAAUUUCAGGCUGUUGAUCAAAAUGAGACCAGCAUAACUCUGAUGUGGAAAGCAGUCCCCAACAUUGACAGUUAUCUGCUUGUGUUUAAUGGGAGAGAGAUCAACAUUAGUAAUUCUACAAAUGAAUACAGAGUCUCAGAUUUGACCAGUGGAACCAGAUACAGUUUCACUCUCUUCACUGUGUUUGGAAAUGUCAGCAGCAGUGGAGUAAACUGCAUCGCAGUCACUGCUCCUAAUAACACUGAAGAAUUUCAGGCUGUUGAUCAAAAUGAGACCAGCAUAACUCUGAUGUGGAAAACAGUCCCCAACAUUGACAGUUUUCUGCUUGUGUUUAAUGGGAGAGAGAUCAACAUUAGUAAUUCUACAAAUGAAUACACAGUCUCAGAUUUGACCAGUGGAACCAGAUACAGUUUCACUCUCUUCACUGUGUUUGGAAAUGUCAGCAGCAGUGGAGUAAACUGCAUCGCAGUCACUGCUCCUCGUAAUGCUGAAGAAUUUAAGGCUGUUGAUCAAAAUGAGACCAGCAUAAAUCUGAUGUGGAAAGCAGUCCCCAACAUUGACAGUUAUCUGCUUGUGUUUAAUGGGAGAGAGAUCAACAUUAGUAAUUCUAUAAAAGAAUACAGAGUCUCAGAUCUGACCAGUGGAACCAGAUACAGUUUCACUCUCUUCACUGUGUUUGGAAAUGUCAGCAGCAGUGGAGUAAACUGCAUCGCAGUCACUGCUCCUCGUAACACUGAAGAAUUUCAGGCUGUUUAUCAAAAUGAGACCAGCAUAACUCUGAUGUGGAAAACAGUCCCCAACAUUGACAGUUUUCUGCUUGUGUUUAAUGGGAGAGAGAUCAACAUUAGUAAUUCUACAAAUGAAUACACAGUCUCAGAUUUGACCAGUGGAACCAGAUACAGUUUCACUCUCUUCACUGUGUUUGGAAAUGUCAGCAGCAGUGGAGUAAACUGCAUCGCAGUCACUGCUCCAAAAAAUGUCCAGACUGUGACUGUGACGCAAAAUGAGAGCAGUAUAACUCUGACGUGGGAGAAAGUUAACAACAUACUAACAUACAUCCUAGAAUAUGACAGCGGUAAUAUUGUUAUUGGCAAGAAUGACAUGGGCGGAUACACGACAUCAGGUACAUCAGUUACAUGUGUGGUCUCUUCUCUGGAAGCUGGGACAAACUACCAUUUUACCCUCUUUACUGUGUUUGAGAACGUCAACAGCUCUGGAUACAACUUUAGUGCACCGACAGCUCCAAAAAAUGUCCACAAUGUGACUGUGACACAAAAUGAGAGCAGUAUAACUCUGAUGUGGGACAAAGUUAACGACCUACUAACAUACAUCCUAGAAUAUGAACGUGUUAGUGUUGUUAUUGACAAGAAUGACAUGGGCGGAUGCACGACAUCAGGUACAUCAGUUACAUGUGUGGUCUCUUCUCUGACUGCUGGGACAAACUACAAUUUUACCCUUUUUACUGUGUUUGAGAAGGUCAACAGCUCUGGAUACAACUUUAGUGCACCGACAGCUCCAAAAAAUGUCCACAAUGUGACUGUGACACAAAAUGAGAGCAGUAUAACUCUGAUGUGGGACAAAGUUAACGACCUACUAACAUACAUCCUAGAAUAUGAACGUGUUAGUGUUGUUAUUGACAAGAAUGACAUGGGCGGAUGCACGACAUCAGGUACAUCAGUUACAUGUGUGGUCUCUUCUCUGACUGCUGGGACAAACUACAAUUUUACCCUUUUUACUGUGUUUGAGAAGGUCAACAGCUCUGGAUACAACUUUAGUGCACCGACAGCUCCAAAAAAUGUCCACAAUGUGACUGUGACACAAAAUGAGAGCAGUAUAACUCUGAUGUGGGACAAAGUUAACGACCUACUAACAUACAUCCUAGAAUAUGAACGUGUUAGUGUUGUUAUUGACAAGAAUGACAUGGGCGGAUGCACGACAUCAGGUACAUCAGUUACAUGUGUGGUCUCUUCUCUGACUGCUGGGACAAACUACAAUUUUACCCUUUUUACUGUGUUUGAGAACGUCAACAGCUCUGGAUACAACUUUAGUGCACCGACAGUCCCACCAGUGGUGCCUUGGGUCAGUGUGACUGAACGAUUUACUAACAACAUAACUCUAGAGUGGGAGAACAUGAAUAAAGCCUGGCAAUACCAGCUUCAAAUCAAUGGUCAUGUGUCAGAUAGUGUGUCAGACAGCUCCUCAGAUACAAUCAAAAAAGUAGUGACAUCUCUUCAGCCUGGAACAGAGUAUGAUUUCAACUUAACCACAGUGUUCGCUGGACUCAGGAGCACUCCUUGUACGAAUUUCACGGUAACAGCCAUAGACUGUGCCAGUGCAGACUGGAAAGUUACCAACUCAUCAAUCAAAGCAAAGAUUGAAGGCUUGUUUUCGAACGCAACCGCCCAUAAUGGAUCUAACGUUCAUGUCAGUGAAAAUGUGUCGUUUACUGGACUUUACCCUGGUGCCACCUAUAAUAUCUCUCUUGUCUAUGAAAAGUCUUCCAGAGUUUUCCUGCAGUGUGAACACAAAUUAACAAUUCUUCCUCCUAAUCUAAAUGCUCACUGUGAGUACUGGGCAACUGGAUACUCUGUUCUUAUUAAAUGGACAGACCCAGAGGGCGAGUGGACUAAUGCGGAGGUGAAUGUGACUGGAAAGACUCACACAGUAGCUAGUCCUGAAACUAAAAUCAUAAUCAAAGGAUUCCAACCUGCCAAAAAAUAUAAGGUGUCUGUAACUUCACUGUCUGGGCUGAGGAGGAGUUCUGAACCGCAUGUUUUUUACUGUCAGACUGAUCCAAGGGGAGUUAUUGCAGGGUCCGUAUUUGGUGUGCUUCUUUUUGGUCUCCUGGUCGCUCUGGUUGUCUUCAUUUUCCUCAAAAGACCAGAUAUUAUUAGCAGAAAGAAGUCUUCAUUCAUUGGUGGAUCCAAAGUACCAAACACACAGAGCAAAUCUAUUCCUGCUGCAAAGUUUCCGGACCACUUCCAUCAGCUGAGUUUGGAUGAGAACAGAGGCUUCAGUGAGGAAUAUGAGUGCCUCGCUCCUGUUGGAACAGACCAGACACGAAAGACUGCUAUUCUACCUGAAAACAAAGCAAAGAAUCGUUUCAGUAACGUCUUGCCAUAUGACUGGUGUCGUGUGAAGCUAACUACAUCAGAUCCUGAUGGAAUUUCAGACUAUAUCAAUGCCAAUUACAUGCCAGGCUACAGCAGUAACAGAGAGUACAUUGCCACUCAGGGCCCUCUGCCCUCUACUGUUAAUGAUUUCUGGAGAAUGAUUUGGGAACAAAGAGUUAAGAGGAUCAUUAUGGUAACCAACUGCAUUGAAGGAGGGCGGACCAAGUGUGAACAAUACUGGCCUGCAGACAGUAAGCCAUGCCUUUAUGGAGAGCUGUUGGUCACCAUGAGAUCUGAGCAACAGGAGACCAACUGGACGCUGAGAGAAUUCAACCUGAAAGAUAGAAAAACCUCAGAAGAACGGACAGUUAAACAUUUCCACUUUACUGCCUGGCCUGAUCAUGGAGUCCCAGAGUGCACAGAGGUCCUGAUCCAGUUCAGAGGACUGGUGAGACAGCACAUAGAGAGAGAAGGGGGCAAAGCACCAACUGUGGUUCACUGCAGUGCUGGAGUCGGGAGAACUGGCACUAUCAUUUCCCUGGAUGUGCUGCUUCAGCAGCUGGAGAAAGAACAAGCAGUCGGCAUCAAUGCCUUCGUACACAAGAUGAGACUGAACCGACCAUACAUGGUGCAGACGGAGUCUCAGUACGUUUUUCUGCACCAGUGCAUCAUGGACAGUCUGCAACCAAAAAACACAAAUGAAGAGAACAUUUAUGAGAACACGUACGAGAACGCAGAUAUGAUAUACGUCAAUGCCACUGCCCUCCAAGAGCUCCGUCGGCAAAACGGAAAUGCGUAGUGUCAACCCUGCACUCAAUCUUUUAUGCACUUAAUGAAAAACUAUUUGUCUAUAAGCAAUAUGUUGGUUUUAAACUUAAUAAUACAAACUAUUAUAUCUUAACUAUUUCUGUAUAUGCAUUGCACACUUCAGAUCUUAUUUAGUUUGCAUCUCUUCUAAAUAUGUAAUAUUAUUAUUUUUGUUGUCAUUGUUUUUAUGUGAGAAAAUAGCACUGAUGAAUUGAAAAUGUUUCAAAAAUGAAUUUAUUAAAAAUAAGUACAAAACAAAAGAAAUAUAAUAUUUCACAUUCACAGAAAUAUAAAA